AUGGAGAUCAAGAACGACCGUAAGACGGGAAUGGUGACUGUGCAACAAACCAAGUUUCUCAAGUCCGUGUUAACCAAGUUCGGAAUGGAUAACAGCAAGCCAGUGAAGACGCCUCAAGAUCCCGGCCUGAAGCUAACCAAGAACAUGUGUGAACAAGAAUGCAAGCACGAAGACACCAUGUGCAACGUGCCAUAUCGAAGUGCUGUCGGAGGCAUCAUGUAUCUCAUGGUCGCCACACGUCCGGAUCUAGCUGCUGCAGUGGGAUCAUUAUCCCAGUUCUCGUCCGACCCAUGCCCGACUCACUGGCAAGCUUUGAAGCGUGUGCUGAGAUACCUGCAAGCAACGCCCAAUCAUGGUCUUGAGUUUACACGUGAAGAAGGAAGCCGUAUCUGCGGGUACACCGACGCAGACUGGGCCGGCGACAUUGAGUCAAGACGAAGUACAAGCGGCUAUGUGUUCAUGAUGAGCGGAGGAUGCAUCAGCUGGAAAAGCCAGAAACAACGGACGGUCGCGCUAUCUUCAACAGAAGCAGAAUACAUGGCGCUUUCCGAAGCAACCAAAGAAGCAGUAUGGCUCAAGGUGCUUUUGGGGGAACUUGGUGAGAUGACAAGCGACGAAGCGAUCAAGAUGUAUGAAGACAACCAAGGAUCAAUCGCUCUCGCCAAGAACCCGGAGUUCCAUAAGAGAACAAAGCACAUCGACAUACGCUACCAUUUUGUGCGUGAGAAGGUGGAAUCAGGUGAAGUCGUUUUGGAGUAUUGCCCGACUCAAGAUAUGCUGGCAGACAUGAUGACCAAGCCGAUCGCCGCUGUACAAUUUGAAAACAUUCGCGAUCGACUUGGGAUCCAAGGUGCCGCAGCUAACGAGUCGAGAGGGAGUGUUGAAAAGACAGCGGCUGUGAAGAAGACACCUCGUCAAGCUGCGUCAAGUGUUGAAGCAAGUGGAAGACCAAGCUUCGCUAUACCGGUGGGUACCGGUAUGUACCAGUAA